AUGGUCAUCACCAGAGUAGCAGCCUGCCACGUCGCGCCUCACUUCCUGUCCGCGUCUAAAACCACGAGCAAAGCCGUCUCCCUCAUCCAUCAAGCGGCGCGCAAUGCCGCCCACGUAGUUGUCUUCCCCGAGUCCUACAUUGCGGCCUUUCCCCUCUGGAGUGCCCUGCGUCCACCCACAGAUAACCACCAUCUGUUCUCCCGUAUGGUGGCAAACUCGAUUGCCAUUGAUGGCGAAGAGGUUGCUGCGCUGCGGACUGCCGCUCGGGAGACCAAUACUGUGGUGAGCAUCGGCGUUUCGGAGCGUAGCCUGACCAGUACUGCCUGCCCAGGUGACGGGCACGGGCUGCGAGUCGCUAAUACCCCGUAUGGCAAUAUCGGCGCGCUCAUCUGCGGAGAGAACACGAACCCGCUGGCACGAUACACUCUUAUGACACAGCGGGAGCAGAUUCAUAUCUCAUCGUGGCCAUGUAUCUGGCCUACCCGAAUGUUGGAUGACCAUUCCGAGGCGGCGGGUAGUACCGGGGAUGCUUCUGCUACUACCGCUGGGUCGAACUACAACAAUGUCCUGGCCAACCGUCUGCGCUGUGCUGCCCAUUGCUUCGAGGCAAAGUGCUUUGGUGUGAUGUGCAGUGGAUUCCUCGAUAAAACCGCCAUUGAUACCAUUGUCGCUGGAGCCAGUGACACCGCGCGGAUUCGCCGGACCUUGGAGCUCUCACCGCGCGGCGUCACCAUGUUCCUCGAUCCCACGGGAUCCCCGGUUCAGGGAUUUACGGUGAUGGAGUCGACGCAGGAGCAGCAGACACGGGAGUUCUUGCAGAUGGAAGAAGCAAUAUUGUAUGCGGACUUGGAUUUGGAGCUUUGCGUUGAGGGGAAGCAAUAUCACGACGUUGUGGGUGGUUAUCAACGGCUGGAUGUUUUUGAUUUGCGGGUGGACCGAAGUCGCAGAGAACCGGCGAGAUUUACGGAUACUGAGCAUACGAUUCGAGACGACUAA